UAUAAAAUAGCUAUUUUCUCAUUUCAAGCUGGACCUGAGUUUUAAGCAAUGGAGAACAUUCUUGGUCUUCUCAGAAUUGGGGUGCGAAAAGGCAUAAAUCUUGCAGUUCGUGAUCUUGGUAGCAGCGAUCCUUAUGUGAUCAUCACCAUGGGACACCAGAAACUGAAGACUAAAGUGGUGAAAAGAAACUGCAAUCCUGAAUGGAAUGAAGAACUAACUCUUUCCAUUACAGAUGUCAAUGCUCCAAUAAAAUUAGAAGUUUAUGAUAAAGACACAUUCACUGUCGAUGACAAGAUGGGCGAUGCAGAAAUUGACAUCAAACCAUAUAUAGCGAGUCUCAAGAUGGGCUUGAAAAAUCUCCCAAAUGGUUGUGUAGUCAAGCGAGUUCAGCCAAGCAUGAACAACUGCCUUGCUGAUGAGAGCUGCAUUGUUUGGAACAAUGGCGAAAUCACCCAAGACAUGCUUUUUAGAUUGAGGAAUGUAGAGAGUGGUGAAGUGGAGGUUCACCUUAAAUGGAUUGAUGUUCCAGGUUGCAAGGGGUUGAAACUUGAAGGUAUCAGCUAAACAUAUUCGUCAUAUAUUUGUGACGUUUCCACAGAUUCAAGCUUCAUGACCUUGCUUGAAAUGAGAUUAAUUACUCUUUUGUAAUAAACAAAAAGAGAUUUGUAGAUAUCUAUGCUCCAACGUGACAGUGAGAAUCAUGGCGCACAUAAUGGGAGGGCUAUACCUAUAUAUGGUUAGUUUCUCCCCUGAAAACUGCCUGUGCAAUAUGUAUCUUAUUUUGCUUAUAACCCUUCGAUUCUGCGUAUGUUUGCAUC